AUGGCAUCGCUGACAUUGCUACCUGAUGAGCUACUCCUAUCGAUCCUCACCGAAGCUGCCUAUGUCCGCAGUAUCAAACGCGCUCUACGGUUGCGACUCGUCAGCAAACGCUUCGCCAAUCUCGCCACCACAGCCAUUUUCAACUCCGGCAUUCUCAAUCGUGAAGAAAUUUCCGGCCACAUCUACAGAGCACCGGAGUUAUGGGCCGAGUACUUUACAUACCUCACACUCAAGCCUACAACACGAAAAAGUCAGGAGUUCAGAAAACUAUUUCUUAUUGCGCAGCAUAUCUGUCGCUAUCGUCAUGCAAAGGCAGAUGGACCCUAUCUUGAUGCAGGGGCCAUUAUCGACGAAGAACUCAGGGAAUGUGUACUGGAACUUUGUCGGAUGGUGACUGUUCCGAUCUGCGGCGGGUACAUGAUUGUAAAUUGGCCCACUGCUGCGUCCGCAUACGUCACUGAAGGACCGUUGGACGAAUCAGCCCUCGAUUUCAGACGCCAUCUCCUCAGCGCUGCAGCUUGGUUGGGCGAAGAAAGUCUUGUUAUCAAACUACUUAAAGAAGGCUGCAAUUGGUUUGAUGGCCCCUCUCUGUUCUUGGAACCCAUCCGCGCCGCAUCUCAUCGCGGCCACAUCAACAUCGUCAAAAUUUUAAUGGUUGACAGUUCCAUCAACGUCUUCCAUGUGAGAAUUUGCCCCACUUACAUUGCCAAUUUCUUCAACGAUCAUACCCCACUACUUGAUGUUAUUCUCGGUCCUUCUUGGCAGAGGUGUGAGGUUGCGCCAGAAGACAUACACGAACUACGAAGGCUUGCAUUGAAUGGAACUCGUACUCUGGAAACACUUAAACGGCUCUUAAAGGAUGCAAAACCGCAUAUUAUCGACGAUGAUCGGUACUGGCUCUGCAGACGAACUUAUGAAGCCAUAAAAGGAGGUCAAGCGGAUAUUGUGAAGUAUAUGAUUGAGGAAGAGGGGGUCGAAUUCAACGAUAACAAAUCUAUUGACACAUCCAUGUUCCUGUCUCGCCACCCCGUGGAAUUCGAAAAAGGCAGUAGGCUUUGGUAUAGGGACGCUGCUUUCCUCAGUAUGGCUGCCAGACGCGGGCAUUCAGAGAUUGUCAAGUUUCUGCUCGACGCCGGAGCUUAUCCUGAUCAUGCCAUCGAGUUUGCAGCAAUGAGUGGAUCGAGAACAAUCAUCAGGGUACUCUGGGAACACAAUGAGUAUGAAAAUGAUGCUGUACAGGGGGCUUUUGUGUUAGCAGUAGACCGAGAGGACACUGCGGUAUUCAACCUUUUAAAAGAGCUUGGAGCUAAGCUCGAUGAUGACGUGAGAGUUGCCCUGAUCGAGAGAGCGCAGAAUGAGGGGCUGGAUUCGAUGGUCAGGUUACUCGAUGAGGACGCACUGAUCUCUUGA